AUGAAUGGCCACUCUCAGCACUCCCAUGAGCCUGUGAUGAGCAAGCAAGAUGAGGAUCUCAUGCAGCUCACGCUACAACUCAGAAACAAGAAAGAAGCUGAGAAGUAUGCCAAGUAUCACGGCGACAAACUCAUUGGAAACCCCAUUGCUCCCAAGGGACAGAGUCUUGCGACGAUUGCUGGCAGUCUUUCUGACUACAGUGUCCAACGCCAGAAGCUGAUCGAUGGCCAAGUCAAAGACAAGUACGACAAGAUGCUGCACCCGCCCUUGACAUACCUUGGCGAUGCUUUCCAGUAUCGAACUGCUGAUGGCAAGUUCAACAGUGCCAUGAAUCCCCAUCUCGGCCAAGCUGGUGCCCCAUACGCCAAGACUGUCCCGUCAAAGACAGCGCCUCUGGGAGCUCUCCCUGAUCCUUCUGAUCUCUUUGACAAGCUCAUGGCACGAGAAGAAGGUGGCCGUGAGAGCCAGUCUGGACUCUCUGCCAUGCUCAUCUACCACGCAACCAUUAUCAUACAUGACAUCUUUAGAACCAACGACAACGACAAGAAUAUCUCUGAUAGCUCUUCUUACCUCGACUUGUCGCCUCUUUAUGGAUACACUACAGAGAUGCAGCGCAAGGUCCGAGAUGACAAGUUCAAGCUUGGUCUCUUGAAGCCCGAUACGUUUGCUGAGGACCGUCUACUUCGACAGCCACCUGGCGUCUGCAUUAUGCUUGUUAUGUAUAACCGAUAUCAUAACUAUGCUGCAAGGCAACUUCUCCGCAUCAACGAGAAUGGUCGCUUUAGAGUUCCUGCCAUGUACGAGAAGACCAAGCUCGUCUCUUUGAUCAACGAGCAUCUCCCUGAGAAGGACCAAUAUGGCCAGAAGCUUCCUUUGGAUGAGAAGGUUCAGGAGAUGUGUAAGCAGUACGAGUCUCUCUGGCGACAGGUUCGCGCAGCAAGGCCUGGUGAUGCACCAUACGCUCCCCCGCAGACGCCUCAUGAGACAGAAAAGGAGAAGACGAAACGAGAAGAGGCUGAGAAGAAGCGACAAGACGCCUUGGAGGAGAUUGAGAAGUUCAACAAGUCCCAACUGAACCAAGACUUGGAAAACCUGACGACCGAUCUCAAGCUUCUGCUCAAGAAGAAGACCUUGAAACUCAAGGACCACGAUCAUCAAGCUGCCAAGGACUUUGAAGCGGCAUGCGACGAGUUCAAGGAAGCUUGGGAAGCAGCCUGGGACAAGCAAGACGACGAUCUCUUCAACACGGCUCGCCUCAUCACUUGUGGCAUGUACAUCCAGAUCUCAGUCCACGACUACUUGAGAGCGCUCAUGGGUUUCCACCAGUUCGACACCAACUUCACACUUGAUCCUCGCGCCGACUUUGAUCAGAAAAAGACCAGUCGUGGUAUUGGCAACCAAGUCACGGUCGAGUUCAACCUUCUCUACCGUUUCCACUGUGCCACCUCGCGUAAGGAUGAGGCAUACACUGAGGAGUUUAUGAAAGAGGUAUUGCACUUCAAGGACCCAAGCAAUACGUCCCUCCCUGAGUUUCUGGGUACCAUGGCUGCUGUUAAGCAGAAGGCUGCUGAGGACCACAAGUAUGGCAAGAGGGAGCCUGAGCCAUGGGAGGUCACCUUUGGCAUCCCCGAGGACGGGCCAGCACCUGCAAAUGGAGCUGGGUCGUCUGGUAACACUUCGGACAGUGGAAUCGCUUUGAACGGUGCUUCUUCCAGUAUCAGCCCAGAAAAGGUCACCAAGUCCAAGCACUUCACUCGCAAUGCCAUUACCAACCUCUUUGAUGACAAACAGAUGCUUGAAGAGCUUACCUCGGCUAUGGAUGACCCCAUCUCCAACUUCGGUCCUCGCAACGUUCCCAAGUGUCUCAAGUCCGUUGAGAUCAUGGGAAUUCUUCAAGCUCGUCGAUGGGAGUGCGGAACUCUGAAUGACUUCAGAGACUUCUUUGGCCUCCCCAGACACCAGUCUUUCGAGAGUGUCACAAAGAACAUUGAGAUCCAGAAUGCACUCCGAGAUCUUUACGAGCAUCCUGACAAGAUCGAGCUCUAUCCUGGUAUCUUCUGCGAGUCCGACGAGUACAUGGGUCUGGACCCAGGACCCAGUGAGUCCAGCUCUGCUCUUUGGUCUGCCAUCUUCUCCGAUGCCAUCACCCUUGUCCGAUCUGAUCGCUUCUAUACUGUUGAUUGGAACACCAACUCUUUGACCUCUUGGGGCAUGAAGGAAGUCACCCCCAACAACGAGGUUUGCAAGAGUUCGGUCUUCCAUCGCCUCCUUCAACGUGCUUUCCCAGGCUGGUUCCCCUCCAACACCAUCCGCUUCUUCCAUCCUUUCUACACAGCCAAGCAGAACGGCAUCUACGCCGAGGCUCAAGGCUAUGGUGAUUGGUUCAAGGAGACGGUUGAUCACCCAAAGGUCGCCGUUGGUGCCCCGGUGCAGAAACCAGAGAAGCCGUGGUAUCUCAGCAAGUACGACGACAUCAAGAUCAUCUUGCAGGGCGAGAAGGCUAAGAACUUUACAAACCCUGCGUAUUACUACAAGGAGAACCUACCUCAGGUGGUCAAAGACGUGUUGACGACGGUGGAGGGGAAGAAGGAUCCCAAAUACACAUCCACGAUUGACAAUUACGUCAAGGAUGUGGAAGCAGACUUGAAGAAGUAUCUUGACCAAGAGAUGAGAGCGAUUGUCAAGAGAGAGUCGAUCUCUAUGACCAACUCGACAUUCCAGAUCGAUGCUACUCGAGACUUCGCCAUUCCCGUUGUCACUCGAUACGUCGCUGAUUUUCUCGGCUUUGGCAACAAGCUCUUCAAGACCCCCACUGAGGCCAAGGACACGUACAGCGAGAACGAGAUUUAUCAGCACAUCACAAACUGCCAGAUCUUCCUCUCAUACAACGCUGACGAAACCAAGUGGUUGCAGCGUCGUGAAGCUUUCAAGGCUUCCAUGAAGAAGCUCAUCGAACUGACCCAGAGAGGAACUAUCUGGGAGGCUGGGCAGUGGGACAUCACCAGGGCGUUGUUCGGUAAGAAGGAGACUAAUGCUAUGCAUGACCUUGGAGUUUUUGUCGCGAAGCAGGUUUUGGGUUAUGAGAAGGAACAGAGCAAAGCGGCUGCUAUCCUUCUUCUCAUUUGCCUUGACUUUGCUUACAAUGCAGUCGUUUCGUUCACUGCUACGCUGGACGGGUACAUGAGAGACCUUUAUGCGGCCGCUGAUGGCCGUCCGCAUCUUAUGCUCCUGCGUAAUGACUUUGGUCCACAAUGGAUUCAAGUCCAGAAGUGUGUCUUCAGUGACAAGCCCAACGCAGAUGAGCAGCUUGAGAAGAUGGUCCAGACAAUGGCGCGCAUCACCGUUCGACAGCCCAUUAUUCGCAAGGCUAACCAAGACGGCACGUACACCUUUUCUGCCAGCGUGAACAAAGGAAAGAAAGUUACCAUCACGAAAGGUCAGGCUGUUAUCCUGGAUCUUGCCAAGGCCGGCGAGGAGGAGGGAGUCAAGGGCAACGCAGAGAAGCAACAGCUCCUAAUGUCCCAGCUCAGCAUCGCCGACAAGUUUGGCGUCUUUGCACCUCGACGCUUUGCCACGAUCUCUCUAACCUCAAUGAUCAAGUUCGUCGCUCAGAUGAAGAACCCUCGUCGUGGUCACGAUGCGCAGGGCAAGCUUAAGAAGAUUAACCUUGACUCUACCCCUGAGGGCUAUGCCAAUUACAUGGCUCCUGGACGGGUUAGCUGGAUUCAGCAACAGGCCAAGAAGCUGGAAAGCCCUGGAGAGGUAAAGGAUAUUGUUACCGAUGGCAUCCUGCGGCCACAGACUGACACCUAUCUCACCCCAACCUGGGAUGAGUUCGUUCCCUUCCCCAUGACAUGGAAGAUCCGUUUCGACGGCUUCGGAGAAUCAGACUACAAGGUUGGCACCAAUGACUACGGUAGAGUCAAGACAAUGCCUACGCUUCCUGAUUUCUGUCCUCCGUGGUAUCAGCCUCAAGGUCCGAGCACAGUUGGUGGUGCCUUUGCUUCUACUGUUUGCAUUUGUGCUGAUGAAGGAGCUGGAAAGGGUGAGGUUGAUGAGAAGGGUGAGAAGGUUUAUAAGAAGGGCUGUCCUUGUGUUGGAGGCUCGAAGAAGAAGUCUAAGCUAAAGACGGCUCAGCUUUCGACGGGCUGUGGAUUGAGUGAUAACUGUGUUCAUAAGUAG